AUGGAGAAGAUGGAGAUUCAACAAGCUUUGAAAAGUGGAAAAGACAACAAGAAGGAGAGAGCUCAAAAGGGCCUCGAAACUCAAGGCCCUAACAGUCUAGAUGUUACCUCACAGCUGGAUAUCGCCAUUUCGUACGCCACCAAGUCUCAAGAGCAACAAGCGACGCAAAGUGCAUUAUCCUCCAACACCUGGACAGCGUCCAAAUCGAAAGAUUCUCAGUCACCAUUAGAUAAGUGGUUAAAUGAGACGAAGGAUGAAAACUUGACCUGGACGGAAAACAUGGUGAAACCCAAAGUGGACUAA